UAUAUAAAUUUGACAAAAAUGUUUUCGUUCAUCAUUCUCUCUGGGCUUCAGGUACACACAGCACCAUGGCCAACCAAGUGGAUUUAAUAAACCGCGAUCCAAAUGAUCUCAAUAACCAUAUCAAGGUUUGUUUCGAGGAUAUUCUUGGUGAGCCCGAAGGUGCUCACUCCAUCGACUGUGUCUGGAAGCUCUCGUACACCUGUUUCGAGUGUGGCAAGAACCUCUGCUACAAGCUUCUGACCCUUCUCUGUGGUAUCUGCAUUGCGCUCGGCUGGGGAUGCAACUUCGCCAUGACCGCGUUUGAUCAUGUCUGGUGCUACACCCCGUGCCUAAGGGAUUUCUCGAUCUGCAUCGGCUGCUUCCAGAAGGUGUAUGGCACCGUUAUCAUGUGCUGCUGUGGUCCUUUCUGCGAGGCCUGGGGCAUGUGCUUCAGCAAGAUCAGAAUACAGAAAUCGUAGUAACACUGGCUGGAAACAAGAUCUUGGUGGAGGAUGAUAUCACAAUGGGAACAUACAUUAAAGACAUUCUCGAAUCGAUUUUACAGCCGCAUUUGAUACUUUCAUUAGAAAUGGAUUUUUAACGGAAGUUUACGAGGAAAAUGUUACGAGAUAAUACUGUUUUGAUCUAAUAUAAAUAAAGUGUCUGUGAUUUAA